CUGUACAUGUACAUAUACAUGUGAAAUUUUUACGUGUAGGUUAAGCCCGCCUGAUCGCGUGAUGGUGAAGCUUUGAAACUGUUGUGACUGUUUUGCGUCAAAAAUGCCGACUGGGAGCCAGAUAUUCGUUGGUUUUCGUGCACUGGGGUUUCAUUGCAAUCAUGUACCACUUGCAAUCCGUUAUCAUCAGAGACAUAAAGAUCAUUACGUGGUAACAGCGGUUGGGAAAUCCUUCCACACGUACAACUGUUCAAAGCUAGGAAUUGUUAGCGUCAGCAAUGCUUAUCCCGGCGUCAUCAGGUGUGUAGCAGCUGAUGCCUUUCUUGUGUUUACCGCUUGUCAGAAUAUAGUGAGGGCUUUCACCCAUGGAAGACAGGUUCUGUACACUUAUUCUGGGCAUGGCAAGGAUGUCCAUCUUCUCUUGCCAUUUGGAGAUCAUCUCGUCUCGGUGGAUGAAGACAGCCUACUGAAAAUAUGGGACAUCAAGUCAACAGAGAUUUAUCUGGAGAUUCAGUUUGAUAAUCACGUCUUUGAAGUGACAGCGCUCAUGCACCCCACCACCUACCUCAAUAAGAUCCUUGUGGGGAGCAGACAGGGCACCAUGCAGAUCUGGAACAUUAAAUCCAACAAGCUUGUGUACAGUUUUUCUGGCUGGGGUUCCUCUGUCACAGUCCUGGAGCAGGCUCCGGCGGUGGAUGUGGUGGCCGUAGGCCUGGAGGACGGCAGAAUCAUUGUCCAUAACUUGAAGUAUGAUGAGACCAUCGUCACGUUCACCCAAGAGUGGGGCCCAGUAACAGCGAUCUCUUUCAGGACGGAUGGUCACCCAAUCAUGGCAACUGGCAGCGCUGUGGGGCACAUCGCCCUCUGGAACCUGGAAGAGAAGUGCCUUCAAGCACAGAUGAGAGAUGCGCACAAGUCAGGUGUUGCUGGCAUGAAGUUUCUCUCGUCCGAACCGGUCAUGGUCACCAACUCGUCUGACAAUGCCCUCAAGAUGUGGAUUUUUGAUCAGUCGGAUGGCAGUGGGCGUUUGCUCCGUUUCCGAGCAGGCCACAGUGCACCCCCUGCUAAGAUAAGGUUCUACGGUCAACGAGGAAAGGACAUUCUCAGUGCUGGUCAAGACAGUACCCUAAAAUCCUUCUCCACAAUGCACGAGAAGCACAACAAGGACCUGGGCCAGGCCAACCUGAAGAAGAAGCUGGGCAGCAGGAAGGGCGUGCUCAAGCAAAGAUUCAAGAUGGCACCCAUCACCCAGUUUGCGGCAGAAAAAAGUCGAGAGAGUGACUGGGAUAGCAUUGCUGCCUGUCACCAAGGCACUGCCAUGGUAACCACGUGGAACUACCAGCAAAGCACUAUGGGUAAACACAAGCUGACUUGCACGCACGCUGCCCAGGCCACAGACGUGGAGGCCACAGCGAUUGACAUCACUUCAUGUGGUAACUUUGUUGUGAUUGGUUGGAGUACUGGUCAUGUGGACACCUACAACAUCCAAUCAGGGAUUCACAGGGGUUCCUUUGGCAACCCAAAAGCUCACGAGGGCGCUAUCCGGGGCCUUGCCGUGGACGCUCUCAAUCAAGUGGUCAUCACCGGCUCACUGGACUCCAAGCUGAAGUUCUGGAAGUUCAAGUUGCGGAAGCAGCUGGACAGUCUGGCGCUAGAUGCACCUGUGAAUCAGAUCUUACUGCACCGAGACAGUUCCAUGCUUGCAGUCAGCUUGGAUGACUUUGUGGUUGUGGUCAUAGAUGCUGAUCUCCGAAGAGUUGUACGAAGGUUCAAAGGUCAUCUAAAUAGAAUAACAGAUAUGGCUUUCAGUCAGGACGCGAGGUGGCUUGUGACGUCAUCGAUGGACUCAACCAUUCGAACGUGGGACCUCCCAUCGAGCAGAUUACUGGAUAGCUUUCUCGUGGAAGAUGCAGCAACAAGCCUGACCCUGUCCCCUACCGGAGACUUUCUCGCUACUGCCCAUGUCGAUGAUCUCGGUGUUUAUUUGUGGUCCAAUAAAACCCUGUAUACACAUCUACCUAUCCGGCCUCUGCCAGACACCUACGAACCCAGCACAGUGGCCCAGCCGGGUACCAGCUUGGAACCAGAGGAAAUACAUGAGAUUGAUUCUGACGAGGAUCGGUCAGUUGACCUGGGGCCUGGUGACCUGGUGUCCGAGUUCAAAUCGCCUCAGCAGAUCUCGGCCGAACUGGUCACGCUGUCCCUCCUGCCCAACUCCAGAUGGAAGAGUCUGACCAAUUUAGAACUCAUCAAGCAACGGAACAAACCCAAGGAACCACCAAGAGUGCCCAAGUCCGCUCCUUUCUUCCUCCCAACGAUAGCCGGCCUGACGCCCAAGUUUGCAGCACCAGGAGAUGGUGACGACAAAGACAAGGACAAGGUGAAAUCAUUGAGUCUUCCAAGCUUUGGCCGCCAGUCACGCCUCUCCUCAGCUCUUGAGCAGAGCAUUGAAUCUGAACAAUUCAGCCAGGUGCUCAACCUCCUCAAGUCCAUGUCUCCGUCAGAGAUUGACAUGGAGCUGCGCAGCCUUGCUCCUCUCGGAGGGGGGUCCAUCGAGGCCUUGAAGCAGUUCCUCCACUUCCUCAUUAAGGGACUUCAAGAUAACGUUGACUUCGAACUCCUGCAAGCCUACACAACUCUCUUCUUGAAGCUCCAUGGCAGUGAAAUUGCCGACGACGCUGACUUGGCGGAAGAGGUGCGUCAACUGGCAGUGGUGCAGCAGUCGUCAUGGCAACGCAUCCAAGCGCAGUUCAACAAGUGCCUGUGCUUGAUCACCUACAUGAAGAACCCAGCUGUGUGAAGGUAUUGUGCUGGCUGCGUGAAGCGUCGGAUGGGAUGAGACACAGGCAAUGGAUGGAGGGUGAAGAGAUGACUCCUGAUGCUUGACUUUUAAGAUUUCAAACAGAAAAACAAAUACCACAGCAGGAGCAAGAAAGAUAGUUUCCAGUUACAAAAUGGGAGCCAAUUUUAAAUCACAACACAUGCAGGAACGUGUAGUUGGUUUUCAUCAAUUCAAGUUUGUGAUUCAGUAAGUUCCCUGUACCAUUUUUGAAAUGACAUGCUUGGGGCUUCUUUGGUGUCAGCUGUUUAUUUUUUUCAGCAGAUCCUCUGUUUUAUCGUCAAGUGUAACUUAUAAUAACAAAUUACCUACAGAAACAGCUUUCUCUAAUAUUUUGUUAUGUUCAAACAUCUUUCAAGAAGAGUCUCAAAUGUGGUCCUGUCUCCUAAAAUUACAUUUGGAUCCAGAGCAGAAGUUGCUCUCUUUAACUGCGCCUGCCAUUGUCACAACGGGUCAAUACGACUUGAAAACAGAGUUGCACAUCAACUUUACUGAGUGCUGUUCUGAUGUACAGUAUCAUGUAUGAAACAUUUCAUAAACUGAAUUCGCCAUUACGUACAGAGGUGACACAUUGGAUGUCAUGGAAACCACCUUAGUAUCAUUAUUCAUGGUAUGUUUCAUGUGGCUUAUUACAACCACCAGCGAAGUAAAAUAGCCUCCAACAUUUUGUUCCGGAUCAAUUAUUCAUCAGCACAGACACUAAAUAUAUGAGAAUGUCUUUACUUGGAUUUUGUCACUUUGGAUUUUUUGUUUUUUGUUUAAUUAUUGAUAAAAGAAGAUUGAAGCUCCUUCAAUUUGUUCUUA